AUCCAUGACAAGGCUGAGGCUGUACUGAUUGAUUUCAUUCGGAUAGACAAUAUCGAGAUCGGUCUCGCGAGAAUCCCAUGAGGCUGACUGAGCGGGGUGACACAUUGAAAGGGGUCAUGACAGACGCCAUGUUCUACACUACCACUUGUCAUUCCGCGCAAGCGUCGACCCAGUGCCAUUUACAGGACUAUUCGGGGAUCGUCAUCCUCACCGUCGGAUCUUUUGUACCAUACCUUUACUACGGAUUCUACUCAUAUAUCGUUCUCAACCCUGAAUAUGCAAAACCAACACAUCAAGGUGCACGUACCGGUGUUUUCAUUGGUCUUGGAUUGUCCGCUGUGGUCCCAGUUGCUCGUUUAUUGGUAUCGCAUGGGGCAUCAAAGCUAUUUUCCGAAAUGGCAUUUGGUUGGCUGCUCGCAUCAGGUGGACUAUGCAUUACGGGCGCAUUGAUUUAUGCCAAUCGCAUGCCGGAACAUCUGGCCCCAGGGAAAUUCGACUUACUCUUCACAUCACAUCAAAUAUUUCACCCCUGUGUGGUUCUGGCCGCUCUGGCUCACGGGAUGUGUGUAUUGACUGCCUUCGAUCAUUGACAUUCUGGCUUAAACAGAUGAAGAUUGUGACAUGCUGGUGUUGCGUCGCUGCGUCGUGAGUAUUAUGCUGUGGUUGGACAGCCCUGGGAAAAUAUUUUGUCGAA